ACCGCCCCCAUCUGUUGGAGCAACUUGCCCCCUUUGCACGUCCGACUCUGUCCGUCCUCCUCUCCCUGACUCCGGCCCGCUGCAGGCUUGGAAGUGCGUCUGCGUAAAACAUGGCACCUGUGCUCCAAACGCUCACCCUCCUCAUCCUCCUCAUCCUCACCCUCCUCACCGCGUCAGCAGAGGCACACCCCAAUGACAAGAUCUUUUUUGUGGUGACCGUGAGCUCCCAGGUGAUAGGAGGCCAUCGGGAGACCCUGUGUGCUCAGAUCCAGGGCCCCACGGAGCCCGUCACUCUGACCGUCGCCCUGGAGAUGGACUAUGGAAGAACCACCAUCCUGGAGGAGGAAGUCAACGAGGACUUCUACCGCUGCUUGAACUUCCAGGUCCCUACCGUGACCUCCAGAAUUGUGGCAACCAUUAUUGUCACCAUUCAGGGUGAGAGCUGCACGAUGAGCAAGAAGACCAAAAUCCUCAUCAAGCCUCCUGCUUUCAUCCACAUCAUCCAGACCGAUAAACCCAUCUACAAACCUGGACAGACCGUCCAGUUCCGAAUCGUCUCCAUGGACUCUAAUUUCAUCCCUGUAGAUCGAGUGUACAAAGUGGUGGAGCUCCAGGAUCCCAAUUCAAACCGCAUAGCCCAGUGGUUGGAGAAGACUGUCACUAGCGGCAUCCUUGAUCUCUCCCACCCGAUGAUUCCUGAGGCGGUGCAAGGAAAAUACAAGAUCACCGCCUCGACGGACAAAGGAGAGAAAGUAUCCCACAGCUUUGACAUCAAGGAAUACGUUUUGCCAAAGUAUGAAGUAAAGGUUCAUCUACCCAGUGUGAUUUCCAUCCUGGACCACGAGGCAACGCUAAAGAUUUGUGGAAAAUACACUUAUGGAAAACCUGUAGUUGGUUCAGUCAAGGCAGUGUUUUGUAGAAACGCCAUCCGGUAUAACUGGUAUUCAGCUGCCCAAGAAAACAACAUCUGUGAGACGUAUGAGAUGACGACGGAUACAAGUGGUUGUGCCACACAAAUGGUGAACAUGACCAAGUUUUCGCUCAAGAAGACCAGGUUCAAACAGAACUUUGAGGUGACUGCUGAAUUGGAGGAGUACGGCACAGGGGUGGUUCUUAAAGGCAGUGGGCAGACCAGCUUCAGCAGUACCAUCAGAACGGUCACCUUCGAGGACGUACCUGAAGCCUACAAGCAUGGCAUCCCAUUGGAGGGAAAGGUCAAAGUGGUCGGUCCAGACAGCAAAGCUGUUGCCAACGAGGCCGUGUAUCUGUUUGCCCGCAACGUUCUAAGCCUGAACCUGACCACAGACAAGAGAGGCAUGGCUUCGUUUUCUUUGGAAACCGCUCUCUGGAAGGGCACUGUGUCAAUAAAGGCGAGUACUAGAAGGACGGAGGAGAGUGAGGCGUAUGAUCACCAUGUGCUGCGCCCGGCCUACCUUUCGGCCCAUCACAACGUCGCACCGUUUUACUCCAAGAGCAGUAGUUUUUUGAAGCUCAUGCAGGUGAACGGGAAGCUCUCCUGUGACAAAGAUGCAACGGUGCGCGCUCAGUACAUUAUCCAGGGGAAGGAGCUAAAGAAGGAACAGGAAGUCCUCGACUUCUUUUACCUGGUGAUGUCUAAAGGUGGAAUUUUGCAGCAUGGUCGUGUCCCGGUGGCUGUUAAUGCAGGAAUCGUCAACAAAGGAGAGCUGUCCAUCUCACUCCUUCAGGUUACAGAUCUGGCACCAUUUGCCCAGGUGGUCGUUUACACCAUGAUGCCCAGUGGAGAGGCCGUGGCCGACAGCCGGAACUUCCCCGUUCGGCUCUGCCUCAAUAACAAGGUGUCUCUGAAGUUCUCCUCUCUCCAGGAGCUUCCAGCAGAGAAGACCACGCUCAGCCUGCAGGCUCAGCCGGGCUCCUUGUGCUCCGUCAGGGCCAUCGACCAGAGCGUCCUGCUGCUGCAGGCGGAGCAGGAGCUCACCGUCAACUAUGUGUACAGCAAGCUGCCUUUUCAGAAGCUGUCGGGAUACAGCUACGAGGUGGAAGACAAUGAGCCGUAUCCUUGCUUACCAGAGCCAGAACCAGAACCACAACCAGUACCAGAACCACAACCAGUACCAGAGCCAGAACCAGGACUGGAGUUGGUGGAGCCAGCUAGUCGACCGAAGCGCUCAUUCUACCAUGAACCGCCCAAUCACAAGGAUGAUGUCUACAACAUCUUUAAAGAAAUAGGAAUCAAAAUUGUCACCAACUCCGAUGUGAGAAAACCGUACAACUGCGAAGAAAUCUACGAUGUGCCACAUAUGGCAUAUGACGACUUUGCGGACUUCGUAGACUCUCCGGUCCCCAUGGCCAACAUGAUGCCAAAGGGUGAAACUCAAGGUAUUGGAGAUAAAGAGGAGGCGAAGAAAGAGACCGUCAGGACCUUCUUCCCAGAGACCUGGAUUUGGGACCUGGUUCCUGUGGGAGACAGCGGGUCCGUGGACGUGGAGAGGACGGUCCCUGACACCAUCACUAAAUGGGCGGCCGGAGCUUUCUGCGUCUCCUCCGUGGGCUUCGGCGUGUCGCCCAACAUCGGACUGGUCGUCUUCCAGCCGUUCUUUGUCAGUCUCACCUUGCCCUACUCCGUCAUCCGAGGGGAGGUGUUCACGCUCAAAGCCACCGUCUUCAACUACCUCUCCAAGUGCAUUAUGGUGAAUAUUACACUGGCUGAGUCAGACCAGUACGACUUCAGAAACUGUGAUGGCUGCCAUUACCGCGUGUGUCUGUGCGGAGAGGAGAGCAGGACCUUCUCGUGGAUCGUAACUCCAACGGCUCUAGGUCAGGUGUCUCUGAAGGUCAGCGCGGAGGCCCUGAAGACCGACGUUCUCUGUGGCAACGAGGUGGCCAUCGUCCCCGACGUGGGUCAGAUCGACACCGUGGUCCGCACGCUGCUGGUGGAGGCUGAAGGAACGCCACAGAUGGUCAGUCACAACGCGCUCCUCUGUCCAGCAGAGGGUCCUGUGGAGAAGAAUAUCUCCCUCCUGAUGCCCGAGAUGUUUGUGGCUGGAUCGGCGAGGGCCUCCGUCUCUGUCCUGGGUGACCUGAUGGGCCGGGCCAUGAAGAACCUGGACCGGCUCCUGGCCAUGCCCUACGGCUGUGGGGAGCAGAACAUGGUGCUGUUUGCGCCCAACAUCUUCAUCCUCAACUACCUGAAGAGCACCGCUCAGCUGACGAAGGACAUCCAGGACAGAGCGACCCGCUUCCUGGAGAGCGGAUAUCAGAGGGAGCUCACCUACAAGCAUGACGACGGCUCCUACAGCGCCUUUGGGAAGAGCGAUGAGUCCGGAAACACCUGGCUGACCUCCUUCGUGAUGAAGUCGUUCGGCGGGGCGAGGCCGUACAUCUUUGUGGACGAGGCUCACAUUAAAGACGCCCGGCUCUGGCUGUUCAAACACCAGCGCCCCGACGGCUGCAUCAGAUCUGUGGGGAAACUCUUCCACAACGGCAUGAAGGGAGGAGUGAGUGACGACGUUUCCCUGACGGCCUACAUCACCGCUGCUCUGCUGGAGCUCGACGGCAACUCCACGGUGGGGCAGGACUCUCUGGUUCAGAACUGUCUGAGCUGUCUGAGGAAGGCGGUGGGCGGCCAGCUGGAGAACCUGUACACCACGGCCCUCAUGUCCUACAGCUUCGCUCUGGCUGGAGAUCAGGAGAUGAAGAGCAAACUCAUCACUUACCUUCAUCAGAAGUCCAACACGCAGGGAGGCACCCGUCACUGGAACAGAGCCGGGGCUUCUGGGAAAGGCCUGGACUCCCUGGAGGUGGAGAUGACCUCCUACGUGCUGCUGGCGCUGCUCUCCGGUCCGGCCAUGCCAGACUUUGGGCUCGACUACUCCUCCGGGAUCGUCCGCUGGCUCGCCCAGCAGCAGAACCCGUACGGGGGGUUCUCCUCCACACAGGACACCGUGGUGGCCCUGCAGGCUCUGGCCAAGUACGGCGCCGCCACCUACAGCGAGGAGGGCCGCACCACGGUGACGGUGACGUCGGCGGGGGGGCUGAACACGGAGUUCGCGGUGGACCAGAGCAACAGGCUGCUGUACCAGGAGGAGAAGCUGAGCGAGGUCCCAGGAGACUACACCGUCAGGGCCCAGGGCCACAGCUGUGUGCUGGCUCAGAUCUCCAUGCAUUACAACAUCCCUCCUCCACCCGACUUCUCCGCCUUCAACAUCUCCACCAACACCAUGGCCAAGUGCAACACCAGCAGGCCUCAGCUCAUCCUCUUCGUGCACGUCAGGUACCAGGGCAGGAGAGAGGAAACCAACAUGGUCAUCAUCAACAUCAAACUGCUGUCUGGAUACAUUCUGGAUAAAAGCUCCCUGCAGCUGCUGAAGAGAGACCGUUCAGUGAAGCGUGUGGACUUGGACGAAGGAUUCAUCAACAUCUACUUAGACGGGUUGAAGAAGGACGAGACAAAGAUUCUCAGUGUGACUCUAGAGGAGGACCUUCCUGUCAGGAACCUGAAACCAGCCGUGGUCAAAGUCUAUGAUUACUACCAGACAAGUGACGAGGCCGUCACUGACUACACUUCCCCCUGUGCAGAGAGCGACGGCGUCAACGAGCUGUAAAACCCACGCGUGAACCGGGACUUCUUUCAGCUGGAAGAAACUUCUAGAUGUGUAUUUCUUUUUUUUUUUCUUAGACCGUUUAUUUGUUUUUACUCUUUUUUAAAACUUUUUUUCCCAGCUGUCUUUCAUUGUGUUUGAAUUCCACUUUUUAGGAACAAAUUUUGAGUUUUCUGAUUUUAGUAUUUUGAUUGUUUUUGUUCUAUACGCUCUCUUUGCUGUUCCAGUCGGCUCCUAAUGAACCAAUAAUCAAUCAGCUCUCUGUAGAUACUGCUGUCUCUCCUCAACACUGGAACCUUCUCUUCACAACCUGCUGCGUUUAAGAAAAAACAGACAAUAUUCUGUAACAGUUCUGUAUUUUUUUAAUAGAUUUGACAAAAUCCAUAUAAUUCAUACGUGAAGUCAACGCAUGAGACGUACAGGGUACCAAUAACACAGUAUGGUCCGAGUAUUGAUUGAAUGUGUGUGUGUGUGUGUGUGUGUGUGUGAAACAGGAACUACUUUCUAGAAAAACCCCAUGAGUGCUAGGUGAGUUAAUCUGUGUUUGUGUGCAGACGUGUGUUCUGCUGUACCAGUUUUAAAAACAAAGAAAAAGGCAGAUCGAUACAUCACUACCAUACAAUAUGAAAUGUAACUGACUGACAAUAAAAAUUCUAAAAUGACAAAAAUAAGUAAA